AUGGCAAAAAGAAAGCAGGAGGCUACAAGUUCUAAAGAUGGUGACCAGAAAGAGGCUGAUGAAGUUCCUGGAGCAUCCACAGAUUGGGUAUUGGACAAUAACAGGCGAGGUUCUGGCUAUCAGUGCUUGACAGGGGAGCGAUCAAGGAUUGAUGGUGUUGUGGAGUUAACGUUCGAGAUUCCAGCUGGCUCCUCCGCCCAAGGCGAGGGCGACCAGUUGGAGAGACGCAAUUCAAGCGCUUCUGAGGAGUCGCAGUCAAAAGGAUGGUUUGGUAUCAGAGGUGGCAACUUGCGUCUUUCAACCGUGGUGCAUCAACUUGAUGGUUGGUGUCUUCCAACUUUCAACAAUUCUUUCUGCUCGGGAACAGGGUAG